AUGCUCGAUAAGGUGAGUGAUUUACAGAAAGAAGUUAUUCUCAUUGGAGAUUUUAAUUUUGACUUAAAACGGUCUAGAAAAUCGGCGCCGUGUAAGUGCUUUGUUGAUAUGUCUAAGGAAUUCGGUUUAAAGCAAAUUAUCUGUGACUACACUCGCGUAACUCAACACUCAAAAACAUUGAUUGAUCUCUUUUUAACAUCUCGUCCUGACCUAUACAUAACAGGAGUAAUGCCUGUUGGGAUCAGUGACCAAAGUGUAAUAUAUGCGGUUCGCAAGCUGCAUAGAUUAAUUAAAACCUCCAUCUUUACGGAUCAUUAAUACACGAAAUUAUAAAUGUUACAACCAGAUUGCUUUUGUCGAAGACUUAAAUAAAGUUCCCUGGUCGCAAAUCGACAUAACUGGAGAUAUUGAAGAGUCAUGGGAUUCUUUGAAAAACCUAUUCAAUGAUGUCGCAGGCUCUCAUGCCCCACAAGUACCUUAGUUAACAACGGAGAUUAGAAAAUUAAUGAAAGAAAGGGAUAAUCUUCACAAACUGGCGCUUAAGACCAAUAGUGAACUGCACUUGAGCUACUUUAAACGCAUGCGUAAUGCUGUAAUUAUAUAACCCUUAAGUUAAGAAGAGAAAAGAAACAUUACUAUUACUAUCAAAUUCAGGAGAAUGAAUCAAACCCAAAGGGGACUUGGAAAAAAUUGAAACGUUUACUUGCUAAAUGUGGAAAAGGAACUGGAUGCACUGGUGCAGGUUCAGCGACAACUGAUUUGAAAGUUAAAUGCAACAUGUUUAAUCGUUUCUUUGCUUCCUGUACUAUGAACUUAAGAUCAAUUUGUAGCACGACUGACCAAGCGUUCAAAAAAUGGUUACCCCAAAUGGAACAUUCGGAAAGCUUUACGUUUCAACAAUUUACUGAUUCGGAGGUUCGAACUGCUCUGAGGGAAUUAAAGGUGAAGAAAGCCACCGGUGUAGACGGCAUACCAAGCAGAUUGUUAAAAGACGGAGCUGGCAUAUUAGCCUAUCGAUUGACAAUUUUUUUCAAUUUGUCAGUUCAACAAUGUAAGAUCCCUGGGGAAUGGAAGAAGGCAAAAGUUACGCCACUUUACAAGAAUGGCGCAAAGAGUGAUCCAAAAAUUUUUCGCCCUAUUUCUGUUUUACCGGUAGUAUCUAAAGUUCAUGAGCGAUUAAUCCAUAACCAACUUGCAUCGUAUUUUGAAGAAAAUAACCUGUUGGGUAGAUCUCAGUCAGGAUUUCGAAAGAAAUACUCAACAGAAACGGCGGUAGCCCAUUUUGCAGACCAAAUUCUCAUGGGCAUGGAUAAAGGGCUAGUGGCGGGUGCCGUUUUCAUUGACCUAGCUAAGGCAUUCGACACAAUCGACCAUGAUGUCUUAAUUCAUAAGCUGAAACAUUAUGGAGUAUCUAAUGAAUGUCUAUUAUGGUUUAAGGAUUACUUCUGCGCAAGGAAGCAGUUUGUAACUAUUGAUUCGCAUAGAUCUGAAGAGCUGGAUAUCGCUUGUGGGGUACCGCAAGGGCUUACAUCAAUGAUUUAUCAUCUU